AUCUUUUUGUUUUUUUCUUUUUUUUUUUUUUUGUUUUUCUUUUUGUAGAAAAGAAAAAGAGAAAAAAUAAUUUGAAUGAAAGAAUGAUCGAUAAAAAAAACGUGGAUACCGCUAUCUUAAUUAUGAGCGCGCAAUUUUUAAUGAUCGCUUACUUCAUUGCAUUACUUAUUGAAUCAAUAAAUCGAACGAAAUUACAUCGUAAGAUAAUAAAAAGAAAAAGAAAAGGAAAGUCGAAUUUCAUUAAUAUAAAAAUAUUGUAACAGUGAAGUUUUCGAACACAAACAUGUUCUGCAAAUAACGAUGCCUACAUUUAUGCGCAUUAACUUUCGUUCGAAGCAUUUUGACUUCAGCGACAUAGGCAAUAAUCAUUACGAAAAGAUAUCAACGAGAAAUAGAUCGAUUAAUGCACGAAAAUAUAAUAUUGGCAAAUUACGUUUACCAUUGGCCGACGUUCAAGAAAUUACCGAAUACGAAGAUUCCACGGAUGAUAAUUUUACUUUAACAAAUAAAUCAAAAGAGGCUCCAUUCAAAAAUAAUAAGCUUGGAUGGAAUAAAAAUUCAAGUGGAGAAAAGUUAUUCAACAAAAAAGCCAAGAAAAAUCAAAUAAUUAAGAAAGAAGAUUCAUCUGCAUAUUCGAUCGAUAGUGUAUCUAGCGCAAAAUUGCCUGUACGUUUACGUGGUGGUACGGAUUUUUUUCGAUCUUCUUUGAAAACAAAAGGAUUUAUCGACAAUAAUAAAAAUCAUAACUUACGUUCGAGAAAUACUCAGAAACCAAUUAUACCAAGAAAACAAAGUGAAUUAAAUUAUCAUAAUCUGCAGGAAUCUGACAAUGGCAAAGAAAAGAAUACAUUACCAACAAAGUUAUCAAGUUCCCAGGAAAAAAAACAAAGUAUUCAACAAACAAAGACUUUGAAAAACGUCAGUAAACUGACCGUUCUUCUUUUAUAUCUUCACUUUUUACUAUCGUAUUAUUUAUCUUUUUCUAAGAGCCAACGCUUUGAAGAAAUGUUCGAAAUGUGUGAAACAGAGACUAGAUACGAAUAAAUGAUCGUGUCGUUGAACGAUCGUAAAUGAUAGAAAUAAAUAUAGAAACGAGGGAUGGAUUAGUUAAAUUCCAAAUGCAAGUUUAUCGAACAAAUAAAUGAUCAAUUUAUUUAUUUAGAAAAAAAA